UCUCUGUUACUCGCGAUCCCGAUCAAAUUACAAUUAAUUAAGUUCUCGUAACCCAAAAUUCCAUAUUACAUACGCGACCCUAAUAGGCUAAAGCUGAAACCUUUUCAACGCGCUGGAAAUUUAAUUGAAUUAUUUUAAACGUGGCCAUACCGCCAUAUAUUAUUAACCUUUAUAGUCGAGGAGUUCUAGAUAUUUAUGCCUCGUUAAGUUUGGUGUAUUAACUUUUUCUAAACGUGGCGGCAUAUGUGUGUCGUGGGAAAAGGUGUCAGUGUCGCGUAAAGGCGGAACUUUUCGAAAAAUAAUUGCUUGGAUAAUAAAAUCUUUAACACUUGACCUUGCAAAACGAACCGAAUGUUUUUUUUUCUUCAAAUGUGUUUCGCAACGGGCAAAAUUCUUUGCUUCUCUUGCUUAUCAUUCAUUCUUCUUUGAGCACCAUCUUUGACAGGGUAAAAAUUUUUACAACCAUUCGAAAAGUUGGUUUAUUAGAUAUCAGAUCAUAGAAAUCUUAAAUUUUUUUUUAUCCUUUCUGCGUUUGCUAUUUAUUGAACUCCUUGAUGUCUCAAGUAGCUACCACUGAUGUUAUAUUCAGUUCAUGGUUACUUGUAGAUAUAAAAAAAAACUGCUUUGGUGUAGUCAUCAGAAUUUAACAAUAUAACUGUCAAUAAUAUGACAAUCUGGACAAAAUAGAGUGUUAUUUGCAACGCGAUGGAAUUGCUUUUGGGGUACUAUUUAGACCAAUUUAAAGAUGCCCCACGCUGUAGCCUCUACGACAGGCGGAAAAGAAAGCAAAUGGUGGAGUACAUAAGUACUAUGAUACAGGGAUGCGCAGCUAAUGACGAUAACGUCCAAGAAACUUGCAAAGAGGCAGUUUCCACGCUAGUCCGGUACCAUAAAAAGGCGAAAACCGCAAAUGGAACCGUGUGCAUGAUGGGAAAGUACCAUAACAUUCUCUACGUCGCCAUGAAAUUGUGUUAUCUAUGGCAAUUAAAAGACCACGAAACAGUGGCUUUGGUCCUUCACGAAAUAUAUUCAUGCGAAAGGACAUUCGAACGUAUUUUUAUUGGAGCGAUAUUCGGAACAAAGGCACCUCACUAUAUUGCGGGUACUAGGGUUGUUUUAAAUUUGACUUGUAUAUUCCCAAAAUUUGACUUCCUCCUAGGUUGGAAAAGUGAUUUUGACGAUCAAGAAGAGAACAUUCGGGGCCUGGUGUACUUCCUAGACAAGGCCAACUAUGCUAGAUUGGAACUUCCAUUUGACGUGGGAGGAGAAAUUAAACUAUUCCGGUUUAUUGAUUUACCAAUCGAGAGCUGCGGAAAGACAUCUGCUACGAAACUAUCCGUCCAACUGGGUUUACCCGAUAGAUUGUUAAUAUUGCUCAGGUUUGGUGCACUAACGGUAAACGACAAAGACGUAGUGACAGUUUAUGAUCACAUCCUGAACCGCCUCAUGGAGUUCAACCAUUGUUAUCCCUACAAUCUUGUAGCUUGUUUGCAGUUGCUGCUGAGAGUAAUUCCAAUGGUAAAAAUAUGCUUGCCUGAAGCCGCGAAUAUGAUUACCAAGGACUCUGUUAUUGAGCGAUAUGGUGAUCUAGUCGAUGAUGGACUUUUGCCUCUUUCCCGGUGCGGUUUCCGUCCACCGGAACUCAAACAUCUUUCCCGAUGUACGAUCAGGAGAAAGCUUUGGGAGAACUUCCAGCUUCCGACUGGAAUACGAAUGUUGCCUUUGCCGGUUACCUUGCACCGGUACUUAGAUAUUUUAGAAGAUUAAUUACAAAUUUAUUCUUGGAUUUGUUCUUAUGUCCAACUGUUUUAUGCUAUUGUAUCAUUGUUGUACUGUUCUUAGUUCAACAAUUUAAUGAGAGUUUAUCGUAUAUAAUAGAAAACGAACAAACCUUAAAAUCCUCUUAGUUUCUUACGAAAAAGAUAUGGGCAUGAUUUGUUGUGGAGUAUGUACUGAACAAGUUUAUUAGAGUUGUUAACCCUUACUCGCUAAGGUUUAUGUUUUGAAUUAGUGUUUAAAUUUUUUGCUUAAAAUUCAUUUUGAAUUUUCUUACUUUCUUAAACUUCAUUAAAUGUUACAAUUUAUUUUUUCCUUAAAAGUGCUAGCGAUCACUACAAUAUUUGUGUUCUACAACAAUUUAAAUUUUUUAAAAUAAAAUAUCAACACCUGCGUCACUCACAUCAAAAUAAUAAAAUAAAUUGAGAUUAAAUGAGAAUAAAUUGUUUGUUUUUU